GUUUCUGUGUAGCUUAUUUAAAGUCCAUUUCACUUGAGUUGAGUGUAACCAAACUCCCCUCCUCGUGCGUUGUCGUAAUCAACACAUAACACAGUUUUCAGUGAAGACUUAACCACAAACAGCGGCCGAGGCGUUGCAUUCAGAGCCCCCUUACAGCAAGCAUUUCAAUGUCUUUGUAUUGUGUGUAAACUGUACGACACACUAAUCUUUCACAAAGUUGAGGAGUUCUAAGAGUUAGUUUCAAAAGUUGUUUGUCUUCCUAUUUGUAAUACUUUUCUACUUAUGGCUUCAUUUUAAGGAAUGCUAUUUCUGGUUAAAACCACUUUUCUGUCUUUUCUUUUGUGAUUGUGUUUUUAAACAACUUUUUAGGCUAUAGAAAAACAGAAAUGGAGAAAAAUGAGGUAGAUAAGGUUGAUGAUGUUAUAUUGCCAGGGUUUCGAUUUCACCCGACAGAUGAAGAGCUUGUUGGUUUCUACCUUAAAAGGAAGAUACUCCAGCAAUCUUUACCUAUUGAGCUUAUUAAGCAAGUUGACAUCUAUAAAUAUGAUCCUUGGGAUCUUCCUAAGUUGGCAUCUAAUGGAGAAAAAGAGUGGUAUUUCUACUGUCCAAGAGACCGGAAAUACAGAAACAGCUCGAGGCCUAAUAGGGUAACGUGUGCUGGUUUCUGGAAGGCGACUGGGACUGACAGGCCAAUAUAUUCAUCUGAUAGUGCCAAGUGCAUUGGGUUGAAGAAGUCUCUUGUGUUCUACAGAGGAAGAGCUGCUAAAGGGAUGAAAACUGACUGGAUGAUGCAUGAGUUUCGUUUACCCUCGUUAUCUGAUGCUGCUCCAACUAAGAAGCUUUUCGACAGAAGUUUCCCUGCAAAUGAUUCAUGGGCAAUCUGUAGAAUAUUCAAGAAGACAAACACCAUGGCACAAAGAGCUCUUUCCCACUCUUGGGUAUCUGCAUUACCAGAAACUACUGCAGCAUGUGACAUGUUCAACCAAGCUCCAAAUUUCAUUGGCUCUCAAUUUAGCCCGGAUAAUAUAUCAUGCACGACGGAAGCAGCAAAUUCAUCCAUACAAGUCUGCAACAACAAUGACUUACAGAAUACUACUUCUCCUGUCAGUUUCUCAACCCUUGACCAAUAUAAGCCGAUUACUAACCCAACGGUCUCUAAAGUGUCUACAAUCCCUACCUCCUUCACAGACCUCCAAAAUAACUUGAUCUUUCCAACAUCAGAAGUUUCUGCUAUGCUCUUGAAUCUUACCCCUGCUUUCACCUCAGAUGUUGUUAAAAUCACAGACACUAUAGACUUUGGUGGGUCACAGUCACAGCAGCUGUAUAAUGGUUUUCCUAUGAGUUUAUCCCAGAAUAUUAUUGAAGCAGAUGAACAUUUAGGGUUUAGGAAGAGCCAAAAUCAACAGUGGAACAACAUCAGAUCCCUUGGUUUUCCAUUCAGUUUUCCUUCUUCUGUCUCAAACUCAGCGACUCUGUCAUGGGACUCUGCUCCUUGUCCUAGCGAGUUAUCCACGAGUUAUUCCUCAAACAAAUGCUAUAGGUAGACUAGAUAAGCUUUUCAAUAGCUUCUUCUAUGUGCUUAAAUCAGAUCAGCUGUAGGAGAUAGUACUUCUUAGAGUGCAGUUUAGUGCUUUAGUUUAAAGUUAACUUUUCAUGUUAAAAUUCAUAUUCACAAGUUGUAGCUUUCUUGACACCAAUUUUCUACGAGUCUCUCGAGCCUCGAUUUUGGGAGUAAAAUUUGUGUCCGGAAAGGAAAAAACUAAUGUAAUCUUUUCUGUUGCUCUUCUUGUGGAAAACCACUUUAAUUUGAGAAGAAGGGCAUGCCUUAAACUACAUUCAAUCAUUUCA